AGGGCUGAUGAAAUGAUGUUUGUGAGACUGUCAAACUGAGUCACGUGUGUGCCCUGGGAUGGUUGUCAAUGAUUCCUGACUCCACACCAUGUUAUGAUACUGCUCACUUCUAAGGCUCUAUUACUGAGGCUGGGGCUUUGGUUAAUCACUGGUGUAUCUCAGGUAUUCAAUCCAUUGGGUGUCAAGCAAUUGUCAAAUUGCAACUGUCAUUGCGAUUCAGACAGUAACAGGUGCUACAUCCAUUUGAGAGAGGUUGCAGUUUCGCCAGUAGGACCUGAGAAACCUCGAACUUUGUAGCGUGGUUGGGCCAGGAGUUUCUUCAGUUACGUCAAUCAGUUCAGAAAUUAAACCCGACAGCAUGGAUUCUGCACUAACAAACGGUACUGCCGUUCCCAAAAGAGACUGGUCGGCACAUGCCUAAAGUUGUAGUUAUCGCUGCUGCUGUUCUCGGGGGAGUGAGAUUGUCUUCCAAGAGGCUGGUGGUUUUACUUUCGGUUACAAAGGAGAGCCUCAUGAAAUUAUUCCCCAUCAAAACUACUUGAAGAUAACAUCCAUUAAAGGAAAGAGUGGUGAGAGCUGCCAUGACAGAGCCAGUAUUUGCAGCACCCUCUGAUUUGAUAGAUUCUGGUCCAGCUCCAUGUGACCUAAGUUUCAUGGAAGUUAUUGGUCAGAAAAUGAGAAUUCCUAAUAGACUGAAAGUCACUGAGGAGCAAGAGGAGGAGGAGGAGGAGAAAGCAGAAGAUAUUCACCUAUCAACACUGCGGAUGCAGAUUCCCGAAAGAAUAUCGAUGGGAGAAACAGAAAUGCAGGAUAUUGGUGCAAGACCAUACUUAUAUGGUUGGUUCCACAACAAUCCAUCGAUAACAGAUCCUCCACCACUCAGUAUCUCUCCGAACUUAAUAUUUGGACCCAGCCAUGCUUUGAAUAUGGACCGACCUGAGAGUCCAGUGCAGACUGCUACUACCCAACAUUCUAGUAGAUCACGAGCAUUAAGUGAGAAUGAAAUUUGUCUGUCAAGUGUGUCCAGACGGCAGAGGAAUUUGGCUGAUCACUCCAGUGGUCCAAAACAUCCCUUCCCUUCACCUGGACCUGGCCAGGCAUCCUUUUCAAUUCAUAAUGUGUGCAACGUAUUAAUUUAUGUUGGACAAAAACUAUCAGAAUACUUGAUGGAAGCAGUCAAUCAGAAAAUGCAAAGAAGGAAUCGGUUCCAUAACCAGUCCCUUUCAGGCCGCCUGUAUUCGGAUGGAAUCAAUCAAGCAAGCAUUACCCAUGACUACACAGUGCCUGAGGGAGUCCUUGAAAAUUUCAGUGUCAUGGAAAUUGUAACACUCCGGCGUCAGGUGCUCUGGAUUCAUUGGUCCUGCUUUUCCCAUUUGAGGGAAUAUACCUUGACUAGCCACCAACACUCUGUCUUUGAAGGCACGAAAGUUGACCAUGGACCUCGUUAUCAACUGAGAAAACGUACAGCAUUUAAUAUUAAGACUUGGAAGAUGGAAGAAACACAGGGGUUAAAUCACAACAAAAAUUUCAUUCUAUCUGAAAGAUUCCUGCUUUUUUACAAGGUGUGA